AUGAUAGAAAAGAUUGACUCGAGAACUAUUGGAGGAUCAAAUGCUUAUAUUUGGCUUAUAAAAUCACCAAAUAUUGUUACUCAAGAUUUAAAUGAACCACCUAGAUAUUCUUUUGGUUUAGUACCCGGUGGUUCAAUCUCAGUGGAUUUAAAUUUUGAUAUAUGGAAUAUUUCAGCAGAAUCUUCGAGCAAUAUUAAUGGCUCAGAUUACUGGAUUCCCUUUUUUGGAGUUUCUCUUACAAAAUUACAGGAAUCAGAUAAUAGUUAUAACAAUUUGGAAGGUAAUACAUUUUUUGAUAGUUUUUAUGAACAACAUAGUAUACCAAAAGAACAGGAAAGCAUGAAUAACAAUCUAUCCAACAAUAAUUAUAUUACCUAUAUUGAAGAUAAUAUUAACAAUAAUAAAUAUGAAAGUAAUAUUUUAAAUAAAGAUUCUGAACAUAAAUUGCACUUAAAUUUAACUAAAAGACCUUAUAGAGAUAUUUAUCACUUUGAAAAACUAAAGAUGCAAGAAGAAGACAUCAUUAACUCACUUUCAAGAAAUAAUGAAUCUAAUAAGGAGGCUAAUAUUACAUCUAAUGAAUUAACUAAUUCUAAUUUUAAUUUUACUUAUGAAAAUAAUAUUUUGAAUAAUAAUUUCAAGACUAAAACCUAUAACCAAUUUGUAGAUAGAAAAAAUUCUAGUUUUAAUAAGGAAAAGUCAGAUGUGGUAUACAAAAAUCAAAUGUCAAAUUCAUCUUCAAUUAUACCUCAAUUAAUAAACAAUGAACAUAUUUCAUCAAUAUCUUCUAGCAAAUAUAAACAUAUAAAAAGUAUGAAACGAUCUUCUGUUCAUUCAUUUACACCUCUUUGUAGUAUCCCAAAAAGCUGCCUCAUAACAUUAAAAAGUGACGAGUUAAAUUAUUUAACAGGUGGAUUACAUUUAAUAAAUUUUGAUAUACAAGAAAUGACUACUUCUUUUCUGCAGAAGGUAAAUAAGUCAAUAGAAAAUGUUAUAAAAAGAGGCUUAACUUACUGGAAUCCAAUAAUUAGAGUAAUAAUUAAAGGUCCGAUACAUACAUAUUUCAGAAAUAAAUGUAUUGAGGUAAUAGAGAAAAAAUUAAGUAUGGAUAAUCAGACUAAUAAAAUUGAUAGUAAUCUUGAAAUAUCAAAAAUGAAUGGUUCAUCUACUGAAACAACAAGAUUAAUACCUAAACUAAGUAUGGCCUUUUCUUCUAUACUGUUUAAUAAGCAAUCAGUUUCUAAUUCAUCAUAUAUAGAUGUGCUUUUUAAAGAUUUGCCUUUAUAUGAAGAUUAUAAAGAUCAGUUAGCUACAAUGGCUCUACAAAAUGUUUAUCUCCUACUUCUGAAUAGUGAACAAUUAGCUGCUCUUAGUCAUUCCUCAUUACAUGAACUCGCUCUCCUUUCAUUUUCAUCUUAUCCUCCAUAUUAUAUUGUGAGCACAUAUCUUAGAAGUACUCUAAGAGUACCAGUGAAAAAUUCUAAAAUUCAGAUAAAUUUUGUUUCUUCAAUAUUAGAUAGGUAUACAAUAUUGGUUGUUAAUGGAGAUAGAAUCCCUUUGUCAAUUACUGGCAGUAUAAAUAUUCAAAAUCCAUCACCUUUAAAUCAUCUCUCUUUUGAAAAAAGGAGAGAGACAUUUAUUCUUGAUACAAUGCUGACAUUAUAUUUUUUAGUUUGGGUUGUAUACUUGCUUGAUUUUGUUUAUUCCCUAGGAUUUAGACUGAGAAACAUGAACAAUAUUAAUACUCUACAUUCUACAGUACAAUGGUCUUCUCUUCAACUUUUAAGUAUGGUUAUAUUACUCUUAAAACCAAUUUGUAUUUUAUUUGACAAAUAUAAUCUUGUUAAUUACUGUAUAUAUGGAGAACUUCCAAUGCUUGCAUGGUCAGUUCCUAGAGUUUUAUCAAGGAGUUUUGAUACCUUAUUACUUCUUUAUUUAUUACUUAUAUCUCUUGGCUGGAAAGUAUUAAGAGACAAUCUACUUACAUUGGAAACUCGUUUUGUAACUGCUAUUUGUAUUAUUUCACUAUAUCUUGGUAUUUUUGAAAUAACUAUCAGUGCUUUUCAAAUUGCUAGAUACAUUCUUCAUGCACUUUCUUAUUUAUGUAUUAUCAUAGCUACAAAUGUUAAUACUACUCUCUUAAGUCAUACAAUAUCAGACCAAAAUAUUUCCCCUAGACUCGGAGUAUUGUAUAAAAAGUGGCAAUCUUAUAUAUAUUUUAGAUGGAUUUUUAUUUGUUCUAUUAUUAAGCCUUCUAUACUUUUGUUUUACCGUAUAGGUAUCUUACAACCAAAUGGCUUUGAUGACUGGAUUUAUACCUUAAUUGAUUAUUUAGCUGAUUUUAUAUUAUUAAAUAUCAUUAUAUAUCUAUUUAGACCAUUUGAAGUGCCAGAAUUAUUUAAACAUCUUCAUAUAAACAGUCAGUCAGAUUACUCAAAUAUUAGUACGAGUUUUGAAAUGCCAAUAUGGACUACCACACUCUAG